AGUGCCGUUUGUCAACGCGGCGAAUCAACAUUCGAUUAGGAUUUUCCCAAAAAAUUCCUCCCGACUUUUCACGUAAGCCGUUCCGCAAUAAUGGACCGGUAAUUUGUCCGUUUGUGAAUCGUUAAAGUGUCCGAGUUUGGCGUAAAAUGACGCGCCGCUGAGUGUGCGUCGUUUGGUGCUACAAUUUACUGGCUUCCACAGAGUGUGAGAGCCCUUGGAACCGAUUUUUUCAUCUCCUCCCGACGAUAGAGCAGAGUACGAAGGCCCCCGGAGUGAAGGAGAGGAGUAUUGAAGAAAGCAUACGAAUUCGACGCCAGACAAGAUGCUUCCGUUGACGCACAAGGACUCGCGGGGAUUCACCUACAAGGUGCGGGAAAAGUUCAACGGCCUGACCCGGUUGAUCUUCUCCGACCGGAACUCGCGCAACCUGUUCCUGUUCCUGCUGCUGAAUCUGAGCUUUGCCUUUGUGGAGCUGAUGUACGGCAUUUGGACCAACAGUUUAGGUCUCAUCUCGGACUCGUUCCACAUGUUCUUCGACUGCACGGGGCUGCUCGCGGGCCUCGCCGCGUCCGUCAUCACCAAGUGGAAGGCCAACGACAAGUACUCGUACGGGUACGUGCGCGCCGAGGUGCUGGCCGGCUUCGUCAACAGUCUGUUCCUGCUGUUUAUAGCCUUCUUCAUCAUGUCCGAAGCGGUGGAGCGCGCGAUCGAACCGCCGGAGGUGAAGCACGAGCGGCUGUUUGUGGUGUCGGUGCUGGGGCUGCUGGUCAACUUGGUUGGCAUUUAUGCGUUCCAGCAUGGUGGCGCCCACGGGCAUAGUCACGGGGGCGGUGGGGGUCAUGGGCACUCGCAUGGAGGAGGGGGUGGGCAUGGACAUUCGCACGGCGGUGACACGCAGAGUUUGUUGAACAACCACGGAGGUCACGGGCACUCGCACGAUCAUCACGGCGGAUCGACGUCGGUGUCGGUGGAGCCCACGAUCAGUUCGAACAACUCGCAGAUUAUGAGGGGGGUGUUUUUGCACAUCUUGGCCGAUACGUUGGGUUCGGUCGGGGUCAUCAUUUCGGCGGUGUUGAUGCAGUUGUUUGGGUGGAUGCGGGCGGACCCGAUUUGCAGCAUCUUUAUCGCGCUCACCAUCGGGCUGAGUACGCUGUCGUUGAUCCGGGAGUCGGUGAUGGUGCUGAUGCAGCGUCAACCGGUCGCGCUGGAUCGCGUGCUGCCGCAGUGCUACCAGAAGGUGACGGGACUGGCCGGCGUGUACAGCGUGCAGGAGCCCCACUUUUGGACGCUGUGCAGCGAGGCGUACGUCGGGGCGAUCAAGCUAGAGGUGUCCAAAAACGUUGACGCGCGCUACGUCGUGCAGCACACGCGCAUGAUCUUCGAGGCGAUCGGGGUGCGGCAAAUCUACAUCCAGCUCGACUACGCCGCCAUGUGAUAGGGAGGCAUUCCGCGCGCGCGCUUGAGAUAGUAAGUAUUCUUGGACAAUUGUGUGUGAGUGCGUUUGAUUCGGUUCAAGCUCAGAGAGAUAUUUAGGUUGUAGUCCAAGCCACACACACAUUCUUUAUGUUAAAUGUUUUUUUUGAGGUACACUUUUUUGAAGUGACAAUAUAGGGGAUGAUUGUAACCAGGGAGAGCGGUUCACAGCCGUGUGGACCGAGUAAAUUAAGAAUUUUUCUAUUUGCUAAGCCUAGGUUACUUUUUAUUGUCCUUUAAAACAAAUGUUACAGAGAGUAAGAACUUAAUUUUAUAUACCUUGUUCCCGAAUAGAGGAAUCCCUGAAAUCAG